AUGUUCUCUGCAGACGGCGAAGAAGUGCCUUUUAAGACGCGUGUUCGUCUAGAUGGACCUGUUGAAGCCUGGUUAGGUGAUGUUGAGGAGGCAAUGCGGAGAACUUUACGUGAGAUGCUUCGCGAUUGCCGAUCACCUUUAAAGAAAGCCGCUACAAAGCGUGAGAAGCUAGUUCGUGAAUGGCCUGGCCAGCUUAGCAUCACCUCUAGUCAAAUUCAGUGGACAGCCGAUGUGACUAGGGCUCUACAGUUGGUUAGUCUUCGGCGUAAGCCGGCUUAUUGUACAUAA